AGCGUGUUGAUCAACAUGUUUGCAAAUUUUUUCUCACCAAAGCGAUCACAACCAACCAUGGAAUUCAAUAAGGAAAAACCUUUGGGCCGUGGCUUUUCUGCUCAAGUUUUCUUGGGCACUUUUAAUGGCAAAAAGGUUGCUGUCAAGAGGAUUGAGAAAGGGUUCGACACGAAUUUGGACGAAGCUGCUCAAAAACUAGAAGAGGAAACCAUGAAAAAGCUCGAACAUCCUAACGUUCUCAAACUCCUCCAUGUCCAGGACGACAAAGAUUUCAAGUACUUGAUUUUGGAAUUAUGCAUUGGCACAAUUGCCAAUUACGUCGAGGGAAACUAUACGGGCGGAAUGCCUUCGGAGAUCGAAGGAAUGAUUCAAAUGGCUAGCGGAUUGCAAUACAUUCAUUCCAAGCAUUUUGUCCAUCGAGACAUAAAACCAGCAAACGUAUUGAUUUCUUCACCGUCCGUCUUGAAGAUAUCGGAUUUCGGAUUAAGCCGGACAGUUACAACAACUUCAGGAAGUUUUCCAAUGACUAGCGGGCCCAAAGGCACGCGAGUCUACUACUCUCCUGAAUUCCUAUUCACGGAAGGGAAAACCAAAGAAGAGAAAGAACAAAUUCGCGUUAACGUUUCAAUUGACGUCUUUUCACUGGGAUGUCUCUUUUUCAAUUACCUUACAAAAGGCGGACAUCCGUUUGCCAAUGGUGGGUCUCCCAAUGAAGUUUUCACUCCUGCUAAUAUUUAUAAAGGCGAAAAAGUCCUAGAUGGCAAAACGGGUUUACCGAAAAACCAUUAUGCAUAUGACAUUAUUGACGGAAUGACUGAAAACAUCCCUGACAAGCGUUGGAAAUUAGAAAAAGUCUUAGAAACUUUAAACGCUGAAGCUGAACGACCUAAGACUGCAGAAAGUCAAUGAAAAGUACAUCUCGGU